AUGUCAGAGGGGCUGUCAGACAUUGCGCUUCAUCGCUUGAUCAGGAAACAUGGGAAGCCGUAUGCAAAAUUAUUAGCGGCAUACGAGGAGAAAUUUCGCACUGAUCCAGGUACAAUACUUCCCACAGAAAUCAGACUCUACAAAAGCAAGAUAUUUGAAGCCACGGUGAUUAUUGAUGAGGCUGGGAUGUGCACCGAGCCAGAAACUUUGAUCCCUCUGGUUUCAGUGCAACCCGAACAAGUGGUACUGAUCGGAGAUCAUCAACAACUCAGGCCAAUAAUCACAGAGCCAAUUGCUAAGCAGCUUGGAAUGGAUAUCUCACUGCUAGAAAAAUACAAGGAGAAAGCCGAGAUGCUUACCACGCAGCACAGAAUGCACCAUCGGAUAUGUGAAUUCCCAUCCUCGGCGUUCUAUAAUGGUAAACUGAGGACGGCAGAAUCUGUAAUGCGGCGUGGCCCUGACCCCAUCUACAGUAUCUGGCCCAACAAUGGUGAGACGCCUACAGUCUUCUGCCAUGUUGACGGGCGAGAGGACAGACUCUCGGUGAAGUCGGGAGAAGGCAACGAGGGUUCAAAGAGUAACGGUGCUGAGAUUGGCUAUGUGAUUAGAAUCGUCCAAGGGAUGAUCAGCAAAGGGGUGUCACCCGAGAAGAUCAUUGUCCUGUCUCAGUAUAACCUUCAGUGUGCACAAAUUGCAGAAAGGCUCAAGAAAAAUUCAUCUCUCCGAAAGAUCAAAGUCAGCACGGUGGUCAAAAGUCAAGGGAGUGAGGCGGACUAUGUUAUCUUCUCAACCGUGCGCUCCAAACCUCGGAAUGAGAUUGACGAAAAGCCAAGCAAAGGCUGGCAGAAGAGACAUCUUGGAUUGAUAAAUGAUGAGAACCAGAUGAAUGUUGCCUUAACAAGGGCCAAACGAGGGCUUAUCAUUGUCGGUAAACUUUGA